GCACAGCCACUGACCGGAAGGGCCUGGCUGGGGUCCUCGCCUGCCAUGUACUGCACGCGCACGGUGAGGUUGCGCACAGAGCCCUGACGGCUGCUGAAGUUGAGGCUCCUAUACCUCAGACCCUUAGCCAUGCCCGUGAUCACUCUGUGUUUGCUGUGGGCCCUGGCAAUGGUGGCCCAGCUUGUCUCAGCAGCCCCAGUGAGCAGCCCGAAGCCAGCACAGCAUGAAGAGCUGACCGUGCUCUUCCACGGGACCCUCCAGCUGGGCCAGGCCCUCAAUGGCGUGUACAGGACUACAGAGGCACGGCUGAUGGAGGCCGGGCACAGCCUGGGCCUCUAUGGCCAUGCACUGGGACUUCUAGGGCAGGAGGUCAGCCAGGGACGGGAUGCAGCCCAGGAACUUCAAGCAAGACUGUUGGAGAUGCAGACGGAGGAGAAUGCUCUGCAGCUACAGGCAGAGGCCACAGCCCAGGCGCUGGGGGAGGCGGCCCAGGCACAGCAGGAGCUGUGGGACAGCGUGCGGUGGCUAGAAGUCCAGCUGAAGGGUGUCCGGCUGGGCCAUGCCCGCCACAAAUUUGAGGCCUUAAAGGCUCACGCUGACAAACAGAGCCACAUAGUGUGGGCCCUCACAGGCCACGUGCAGCGACAGAGGCAGUUGAUAGCAGCACAGAAGCACCAGCUACGACAGAUCCAGGCGAGGCUCCACACAGCGGCUCUCCCAGCCUGA